AUGGCGUCCUCUCCUCCUCUUCCUCUUCUUCUUCUUCUUCUUCCCAUUUUGCUACUGCUUUCCGGCCCCGCGCCGUCGACGGCAAGCAGUUACAACGAGAAGUUGACUCACCUCCACUUCUUCUUCCACGAGAUCUACGGCGGCCCCAACGCAACCACCAUCACGGUGGUCAACCCUCCCAACUCGAGCUCCUACACCGCCCUCGGCAGUAUCGGGGUCGGAGAUAACUACCUCCGGGAGGGCGCGGAGCCGGGGUCGACGCUGCUGGGGAGGGCGCACGAGCUGGCGGCGGCGGCGUCGUUGGGCACCCCGACGGCGUACCUGUCGCUGUUCAACUUCAUCUUCACUGCUGGAGAGUACAAUGGGAGCAGCGUUUCUAUUUUCGGGAGGGCGGUGCUGACGGAGGUCAUGGACAGGGCCAUCAUCGGCGGCAGCGGCAAGUUUCGGAUGGCCCGCGGCUACACGAUAAGCAAGUUGGUGAACAGGAGAGUGUCAGGUGACGUCAUCUACCUCGUCGUCGAAUACGACGCCUACAUAUAUCACAUGGACGACUGAUACGCGCGACGUUAUA